GAGUCAUUUUUCAUUGAAACCUGAAAGUACCCUUUGCAUUUGUUUGACUUCACUUCUUCUUAAAAGAGAGCUUCGUCUUCUGUAGUUUAACUAGACUCUGCACGCAGGGUAACCUGAAAGAUAACUGGACGCCAAAUGCAUCUAGUAUCAUCAGCUAUGAGAUUGUUGUUGCUAUUAGUAACAAGCCUGGUUGUUACAUCCAUGGCGGAGCAACUCUUCUUUAAACCUGUUCAAAGGGUUUCUGAACGAGUUCAUAAUGAGGUUACUGUGAUGUUAGCUGAUUCAAUAGAAUCCAAGGAUGUCAUAUGUGGUGAUGGUACAUCCCAAUGUCUAAGUGGUAACACAUGUUGUAGACUGUCAUCUGGACAAUAUGGCUGCUGCCCAUUGCCAAAUGCUGUUUGUUGCUCUGAUGGAGUCCACUGUUGUCCCUCGGGAUAUAGCUGUAAUGCAGGUACAGGAGAAUGUUACCGUGGCAACAGUUUUACACAGUGGUUCACUAAAAUUGAAGCUCGGCCAGUUGAAUCCAAGGGUGUGAUAUGUGAUGAUGGUACACACCAUUGUCCUGAUGGUAACACAUGUUGUAGACUGUCAUCUGGACAAUAUGGCUGCUGCCCAUUGCCAAAUGCUGUUUGUUGCUCUGAUGGAGUCCACUGUUGUCCCUCGGGAUAUAGCUGUAAUUCAGGUACAGGAGAAUGUUACCGUGGCAACAGUGUUAUACAAUGGUUCACUAAAACUGAAGCUCGACCAGUUGAAUCCAAGGGUGUGAUAUGUGAUGAUGGUACACACCAUUGUCCUGAUGGUAACACAUGUUGUAGACUGUCAUCUGGACAAUAUGGCUGCUGCCCAUUGCCAAAUGCUGUUUGUUGCUCUGAUGGAGUCCACUGUUGUCCCUCGGAAUAUAGCUGUAAUGCAGGUACAGGAGAAUGUUACCGUGGCAACAGUGUUAUACAAUGGUUCACUAAAACUGAAGCUCGACCAGUUGAAUCCAAGGGUGUGAUAUGUGAUGAUGGUACACACCAUUGUCCUGAUGGUAACACAUGUUGUAGACUGUCAUCUGGAGAAUAUGGCUGCUGCCCAUUGCCAAAU